CGUCAUUAACACGCGCCUGUAAAUAGCGGAAGUGCCUUGUCAGAGUUGUGCAGCUAGCAUGAUGCUAAAUGACAGCGAGCUGAGAAAAAGAUUGAAGAAAGAUGCAGACUUACUCAAGAAAGAUGCAGAAUUGCUCUUGCAAACUCCGUCAACCGACGAACACGAAAAGAUUAAGGAAGAAAAAGAUGCCAAACCUCUCGCUCGAAUCAACAAACACUCCGUUUUCUGGAUUGUGGUCUCGAUAAGUGUUACCUAUUACGUGGACUUCUUUGGCAACAUCAUUGAGAAUGAUAACAUAAAGAGUUGGUGGUUCAACGUGGGCGUGCUGCUCCUCAGCGUUUGUCUGUGCCUGGCCAUGUUUUGUAUCGUGUACCUGGAGGGCUUCAGAGGAAUCCAGCACUACGACCAAGAGUACCCGGCUAUCCCGCCCAUCACCACCGCUGCAUUCAUUGCAGCAUCGUGCAGUUUUAACAUAGCACUUUGGCCUGUCUGGUCCUUCCUCACUCCACUCAUCCUCUUCACACAGUUCAUGGGCGUGGUCAUGUUCAUUUCCAUGCUUGGAUGAAGGUGACAGUAAUGAAGAACAGCAAGAUGGAGGAACUGAAGCAGCUACUGAUACUUUUUCUUCAAGGUGAUUUGACCAUUGGGACUUCUUCAUGACUCCUGACAAGACUUUUUCAUGUUCAAAAGUACCUUUAAAAAGAGUGCAAAAUGUUUUUGAAGAUUUGACUGAGAAACAACAAUGUUUUUGUUCAUGUUUAAGAAUGUUAGGUGCUUUUUGUAUAUUUACUUUUGAUAUCUGCAAGCUGCAAAAAAGACUCUUGUAAACCUAACAAAAGGCUUUUUAUUGUAUGUUAAAUGAAUAUUAUUUGCAUUGAAAACCAAUACUGUCAUGCUAUUUUUGCUUUGAUGCCAACCUUCAUUUUUGAUUACAUAAAUAUUAAACUAUUUGGAAAUUGCA